AUGGUCUCUGAGGAGCUGCUGGUCGACGAGCUUGAUGAAGUAGCAGAUGUCGAAAGGCUAGUGCAUGUGGUUGAGGUCGAGUGGGUUGUCGUGGCAUGGGUCAAGGUCUGUGAUGUGCUACUCGCGCUUGAAGUUACAGUGCUUGUUGUGCGAGUUUGCGUGGUAGUCGAUGACCGAGUCGAUGAUGCCGACGACGACGACGACGACGACGACGACGACGACGACGACGACGACGACGACGACGACGACGACGACGACGUGGACGUGGACGUGGACGUGUCACUGGUGGUUGAGCUUGCUGUGCGUGUUGAAGAUGUCAGUGUAGAUGUAGAUGAGGUAGUGGCAGUGCCUGUCGUAGAUGAUGUGGACGUCGAGACACGGACGCAGUACCCGUAUGUGUCGCCCUGGCACGUUUGA